GACACAGAUUAGAAAUUAAUUUAAGUAAUUAUAAUACACAAUCAUACACCCACAUCUAUAACCACUACCAGCUUAUCUCUUCAUAGAGAACGGACCACAUCCUUUCAUUUGUUAAAAGUAUCUCUUGUUCUGAGAUUUGGUUUGAAGAAAUUAUAUUUCUACUCUCUGCCCACUGUCUGAAACAUAAUGUGAAUAAUCGCCCGAAGGAAAGUUAAAAAGAAAAAGAAAUAAAAGUACAAAUAUAAAGAGAGACAAUUUGACAACAGAAGUAAAACCGAGGAGGAAGAAAGAAAUCAUUUAACAGGAUACAGAAAUCAGAUGUCGAAUUCAUUAAUGGGUCGUCUUCGUGGUAAAGUGGCUGUGAUUACAGCAGCAGCACAAGGAAUAGGCUUCGCUACAGCUUUGGCGUUUUAUCGUGAAGGGGCAGAAGUAUAUGCUACGGAUAUAAACAAAGAGAAACUUGAAUUGUUGGCGGCCAGUUGCGCAGGUAUACACACCAAUGUCCUUGAUGUCACAAACAGUGAACAAGUUAGAGCUUUUGCUGAAAAUAUUCCUAAAGUUGAUAUAAUUUUUAACUGUGCCGGUUUUGUACAUAACGGGACAUUGCUGGAAUGUGACGAAAAAUCGUGGGAUUCGAGUUUUGAUCUUAACGUAAAAAGUGUUUAUCGCGUUUGCUCAGCGUUUAUUCCUAAGAUGAUUCAGCAGGGAACCGGCGGAAGUAUUGUUAAUAUGUCAUCAGUAGCGUCCAGUGUCAAAGGCGCCGCCAGUAGAUGUGUUUACGGAGCGACUAAAGCAGCUGUGAUUGGUCUUUCGAAGUCAAUAGCCAUUGAUUACGUUUCCCACAAUAUCCGAUGUAACUCCGUCUGUCCAGGUACUGUAGAUACACCUUCGUUCCGUGACCGAGUGGAAGCCUUACCAGAUGCAAAUGCAAUGACAAAAUUCUUGGAACGUCAAAAGAUGGGAAGAUUGGCUACCGCUGACGAAAUUGCUCAUUUAAUCAUUUAUUUGGCAUCUGAUGAGUCCGCAUUCGUCACAGGUCAAGAAUUUAUUAUUGAUGGCGGUUGGAGCAUGUAAGCUGUGACGAUUGAGCACUCUCUGGAAAUAUCCUUACAGCCAGAAAAAAACAAAAGCACCAAUUUUUGUGAAUAUAAAAAUUAACAGAGAAUAAAUAAAUAAA